AGGAAGACUUGGAAGCCCCAUUACAGAACAUAGGUCACAGAGGUGAACUGAAAAGGACAAAGCCCUCUGACUCAACAAAAUGACGAGAAGUGGCUCCUCUGUGCGAAGCAGUGGGCCGGGCAGUGUGACAGCGGUUCAGAGAUUUAGGGACCAGUCCAGCAGCUGUAUUAGAAGACAUGUGGUAUAUAUAAAGUUUGUGAUCGUUGGGGGAAAUUUUGGGAGCUUCAAGAUGGCGGAAGAGUAAGAUGCGGAGAUCACCUUCCUCCCCACAGAUACAUCAGAAAUACAUCUACAUGUGGAACAACUCCUACAGAACACCUACUGAACGCUGGCAGAAGACCUCAGACCUCCCAAAAGGAGUUUAGAUAAUGGGCUGUGUGCAAUGUAAGGAUAAAGAAGCAACAAAACUGACGGAGGAGAGGGAUGGCAGCCUGAACCAGAGCUCCGGGUACCGCUAUGGCACAGACCCCACUCCUCAGCACUACCCCAGCUUCGGCGUGACCUCCAUCCCAAACUACAACAACUUCCACGCAGCCGGGGGCCAAGGACUCACCGUCUUUGGGGGUGUGAACUCUUCGUCUCAUACUGGGACCUUGCGUACGAGAGGAGGAACAGGAGUGACCCUGUUUGUGGCCCUGUACGAUUAUGAAGCACGGACGGAAGAUGACCUGAGUUUUCACAAAGGAGAAAAAUUUCAAAUAUUGAACAGCUCGGAAGGAGAUUGGUGGGAAGCACGCUCCUUGACAACUGGAGAGACUGGUUACAUUCCCAGCAAUUAUGUGGCUCCAGUUGACUCCAUCCAGGCAGAAGAGUGGUACUUUGGAAAACUUGGCCGAAAAGAUGCUGAGCGACAGCUUUUGUCCUUUGGAAACCCAAGAGGUACCUUUCUUAUCCGUGAGAGUGAAACCACCAAAGGUGCCUAUUCACUUUCUAUUCGUGACUGGGAUGAUAUGAAAGGAGACCAUGUCAAACAUUAUAAAAUUCGCAAACUUGACAACGGUGGAUACUAUAUUACCACCCGGGCCCAGUUUGAAACACUUCAGCAGCUUGUACAACAUUACUCAGAGAGAGCCGCAGGCCUCUGCUGCCGCCUAGUAGUUCCCUGUCACAAAGGGAUGCCAAGGCUUACCGAUCUAUCUGUCAAAACCAAAGAUGUCUGGGAAAUCCCUCGAGAAUCCCUGCAGUUGAUCAAGAGACUGGGAAAUGGGCAGUUUGGGGAAGUAUGGAUGGGUACCUGGAAUGGAAACACAAAAGUAGCCAUAAAGACUCUUAAACCCGGCACAAUGUCCCCUGAAUCGUUUCUUGAAGAGGCACAGAUCAUGAAGAAGUUGAAGCAUGACAAACUGGUUCAGCUCUAUGCGGUGGUGUCUGAGGAGCCCAUCUACAUUGUCACCGAGUAUAUGAAUAAAGGAAGUUUACUCGAUUUCUUAAAAGAUGGAGAAGGAAGAGCUCUGAAGUUACCAAACCUUGUGGACAUGGCAGCACAGGUUGCUGCGGGAAUGGCGUAUAUCGAGCGCAUGAAUUAUAUCCACAGAGACCUGCGGUCAGCAAACAUUCUCGUGGGGAAUGGACUAAUUUGCAAGAUCGCCGACUUCGGAUUGGCCAGGUUGAUCGAAGACAAUGAGUACACAGCAAGACAAGGUGCAAAGUUCCCCAUUAAGUGGACAGCCCCCGAAGCAGCCCUGUACGGGAGGUUCACAAUCAAGUCUGACGUGUGGUCUUUUGGAAUCUUACUUACAGAGCUGGUCACCAAAGGAAGAGUUCCGUACCCAGGCAUGAACAACCGGGAGGUGCUGGAGCAAGUGGAGCGCGGCUACAGGAUGCCGUGUCCGCAGGACUGCCCCAUCUCCCUCCAUGAGCUCAUGAUCCACUGCUGGAAAAAGGACCCCGAAGAGCGGCCCACUUUCGAGUACUUGCAGGGCUUCCUGGAAGACUACUUCACCGCCACAGAGCCCCAGUAUCAGCCUGGUGAAAACCUGUAAGACCUGGGUCUGCAGAGAGAGGCCUGGUCCAAGAGGCUUCCCCGCCCCCUCCCCAUUAGCUUUCAAUUCCGUAGCCAGCUGCUCCGAGCAGAGCAGUGAGAACUGUCCAGGAUCAGAUUGCAUGUGACUCUGAAGCUGACGAACUUCCAUGGCCCUCAUUAAUGACACUUGUCCCCAAAUCCGAACCUCCUCUGUGAAGCAUACGAGACAGAACCUUGUUAUUUCUCAGACUUUGGAAAAUGCGUUGUAUCGAUGUUAUGUAACAGGCCAAACCUCUGUUCAGUGUAAAUAGUUAUUCCAGUGCCAACGAUCCUAGUGCUUUCCUUUUUUUAAAAUGCAAAUCCUAUGUGAUUUUAACUCUGUCUUCACCUGAUUCAACUAAAAAAAAAGUAUUAUUUUCCAAAAGUGGCCUCUUUGUCUAAAACAAUAAAAUUUUUUUUCAUGUUUUAACAAAAACCAACCGG